AUGGCCGCGCCGCCGCCGUCGCCGCCGCCGCCGCGCGACGACUACGACGACCCGGACGACUUCCGCCGUCGUCGCGAGGAGACGCGCGCGUUCGUGUCCUACAUCCUCGACGGCGCCGACGCCGCGUGCGUCCCCUCCAACUCCUCCUCCUCCUCCUCCAGAUCCUCCAUCGCGUCCGAGGUGUCGUCGCUCGCGUCGUUCGCGCGCGCGCGCGGGCUCGUCUCCUCCGCGACGCGCCGCCGCGCGUGGCCGCUCCUCUGCGGCAUCACGCCCGCGUCCGUCGUCGACGCGAAGGCGUUCGAGCGCGCGGCCGAGCGCGCGGACGCCGCGCAUCCGGACGCGGUCGUGAUCCGAAACGACGUCGCGCGCUCGCUGUGGGCGUUCACGUCGCACUGGGACGACGUGACGCGCGAGGGGAAGCGCGCGCGGCUCGCGGAGGUGCUCCGCGGCGCGGUGGGCGCGCACGAUUGGGAGAGCGCGCCGCACCACGCGCGGUACUAUCAAGGGCUCCACGACGUCGCGGGCGUGCUGCUGCUGGUGCUGAGGCGCGUCCCGUCGCGUCAUCGAUCAUCACACCACACCGGUCCCCAUACGACCGCGUCGGCGAGGUGGACGCGAUUCCUUAAGGACUUCAUUCACUUCCCGGCGGACGUCUCGAUCGCGUCCGCGGCGCUGGAGCGCGUGACGCUGUUUCACCUUCGAGACGCGACGCGGUCGUCGUUCGCGCCCGUCGCCGACGCGCUGUCGCUGCUGCCGUGCCUCCUUCGACGAAUGGGGAGACGCCGUUUGAGUGACGUCAUCGCGACGAGCGGUGUGGGGACGACGUUCGCGCUGACGUGGAUGCUGACGUGGCACAUCCACGGCUUCGCGGCGUCGAAUUCGAAUCAUCGUCGCGAAGAGCGCGAGAGACGCGACGUCGUCAACCUCGAGCUCGCGUCGCGGCUCGUGGACUGCUUCCUCGCGUCGCACCCGCUGCUGCCGCUGUACGCCGGCGCGGUCGCGCUGGCGAGUCGCGAGGAGGAGAUACUCGCGGCGUGGACGUCGACGACGACGACGACGCGCGGGCGUACUUUUGCUUUUGGACGCGCGGCUGCGCUACGACGACGCGCAGCUGCGCGACGACUCGGGGGGGGCGACGUCGGCGAGCUGCACGCGGCGCUGUCGAGGACGCGGCUGGUGAGCGAGAAGAACCUCCGCAGCCGACGCAGGGCGCUGUGCGAGCUCGACGGCGUCCUCCGCGACGCGCUCGAGACGUUCGACGCGCAUCCGCCUCGCGCGUUGUACAAAGCCGCGGGCGUGUUCCCCCCGCGUGGGAGCGCGUGCGAGCUGUACGAGCGAGGGUACGUCUGGACGCGCGACGACGUCGACGGGCGCCCGGAGCGAUACAUUUUGAAAUCGCCGACGCCGCGCGCGGUCGCGCUAGGUACCGGCGACGGCGGCGGCGCGUGGACGCGAGCGUGGACGCGGCGCGUCGCCGAGCGCGCGAGCGCGGCGGCGACGCGCGCGCGGCGGUGGAGGCUGGCGCGGUCGCGGUGGCAGCCGCGGGCGACGACGCGCGCGGAGAGGGAGAGGUGCGUUCUAUACACUGGUCCCCAUACGACCCCGUUCGCGAGGUGGACGCCGAUCCUUAAGGACUUUGCCCGGUGCAUCUCUCCGCCCACCCCCCGCUUUCAAUCCCCGUCCUCGACGCCUUUCAACGCCAACUGA